AUGAGAGUCUUGGCUGUUUGCUUUCUAUCGCUCAUCGUCAUUUGUGCUUUGUCAGAAGCCGUCAAAUUCUGUUAUAGUGGUACUGAUGAGAAAUACCGUGAGAAAGAAUGUGGAUUAGGAGUUGAUGAUCCAAUGAUCUUGUUCUGGUGCCAGAAAUAUCAUUGCAAGGAUAUUGACGGCGGAAAAGCUUCGGCUCUUAACGACAGUCUUGUAAUUCGUUCAUGUGUGCCUGAAGAAGAGAGAUGUGCUGCUCAAGAACAAUAUUGUCAACAACUAGGUGGAGUUGGAGAAUGUUUUACUUGUAACGAGGAUGGUUGUAAUUCUGCUCAAAACUAUUUUUCAUAUUUUGUGUUGUCUAUGAUCAUUCUCAUCAACCAGUUUAUGUAA